ACUAUUCAAGUUAAAAUGGACAAAUAUUCUAGUCUACCAGACAUUGAGGAAGCAAGUUGCGCCUAUUUUCCCGCAAGCAGUAAAACAAUCCAUGACAAUCCCAAACAAAACAUAUUUUUACCCGAAAAAAUGUCAACACUUGAAAAAAAUAAGAUUGUAGAGAUGGAAGAAGAACCCUUCGGCCUUGGCUGUGCCCUCGAAUUAUUCCUUGAAGCAAGCGAAGUCUCAAAAAUGAUCGACACCCUCAAAACCACCUAUUCCGAUAAAUCCCUCAACGAGAAGGCUUAUGAACGUUUUAGCUUCAUUAUAGGCCAGUACAAAGAACAACCCCACUUGCUAGACCCUCACAUUGACCAACUGUUGGAAAAGUGUAUCAAUAUUGUGAGAGAUGGGGGCACCAGUAUGGGGCUGAAACACGAAGUUUUCAAGUAUAUGUUCGUGUUUGUUAAUGUAAGGGGGUACAAAGUGAUAGUCAGGCAUCUUCCACAUGAGGUUGCAGAUUUUGAGGCAAUUUUAAGACUGUUAGAAGCACAAGACCUCAACGAUUCAGCCACUUGGACCACUAGAUACGUCCUACUUUUGUGGUUAUCAAUAAUUGUGAUGAUACCAUUUCACUUAUCACGAUUUGAUGCAAGUGAUGAGACUGAUAAAAAUAGGAAAACAGUAAUGUGUAGAGUUUUGGACAUUAUCAAGAAAUAUAUUGUGGUUCCUGAUAAGUGUAGAGACGCUGCUGCUUAUCUUUCGUCACGUUUUAUCACAAGAAAUGACGUCAAGCAGGAACACUUAUUUUCAUAUAUUGAGUGGUCAAUAACCGAAAGCACCUCUUCGGAGAGUAACGUUUUUACAAAACAGGGUACUUUAGCCUCAAUCGCUAUGAUUUUAAAAACCGGCAAACGCGAUGAUUUGCUUCCUCACGCCCGUCUUCUCCUCCAAUGGAUAAUCCGGGACGAAAUCAAGCAAGGUUCCGGUACCAGUGUCCAAAAACUGGUCUAUAAAAUUGUCCAGAGGAUAGGUUUGACGUUUUUACCACCAAAGGUGGCCGCUUGGCGCUACAAGCGCGGUAAUAGGUCACUCGCUGCGAAUUUAAGUGGAGGUGAUGGUACCACUUCUUCUCAACUCGACCCCGAAGAAAACCUCCCUGAGGAUAAUAUUGAAGUCCCGGACGAAGUUGAGGAAGUUAUAGACCAGUUAAUUAACGGUUUGAGGAGUGCUGAUGGGAUUGUCAGAUGGUCAGCUGCAAAAGGUGUAGGACGUGUAACCGGUCGGUUACCUCAAGAAUUGGCCGAUGAGGUGGUUGGUUCGGUUUUGGAGUUGUUUAAUCCGAGAGAAGGGGACGGGGCGUGGCAUGGCGGUUGUUUGGCAUUGGCUGAAUUAGGAAGGCGUGGUCUGUUACUACCGAAACGGUUACCGGAAGUGGUACCGGUAGUAAUGAAGGCGUUGGUGUAUGAUGAACCACGAGGGUACUCGUCAGUGGGUUCACAUAUUAGAGAUGCAGCAUGUUAUGUGUGUUGGUCAUUCGCAAGAGCUUAUGAUAAGGAUAUUUUAAAGCCGUUUGUCAAUCAAAUUGCUGCGAAUUUGUUGAUCGUCGCUUGUUUCGACAGAGAGAUCAAUUGUCGGCGCGCGGCCUCUGCUGCCUUUCAAGAGAACGUCGGACGUCAAGGGACUUUUCCUUAUGGAAUUGACAUUUUGACAGUCGCUGACUUUUUCACUGUCACCGUCCGAAACAACGCCUACUUGACUAUAAGUCCCUACAUAGCACAAUUUGAGGAAUACACCAUUCCUAUGAUCGACCAUUUGAUUGGUCGAAAAGUUGACCAUUGGGAUUGCGUAAUUCGAGAAUUGACAGCUAAAGCCUUGCAUAAUUUGACACCAAAAGCGCCCGAGUAUAUGGUAGAAAAAGUGCUACCAACUUUAUUUGAAAAAAGCAGUAGUAUUGAUUUAAAUGCACGCCACGGGUCCGUAUUGGCCAUUGGCGAAAUUAUUUAUGCUCUGUCCCAAAACAUGGACAAAAUCGAAGUGGUUCUUGGCGACCAUCUUGAAAAAAUUGCAAACUUGGUCCCCGAAUUUCGUCAGAAGUUUUAUUUCCGGGGCUUGGGGGGCGAAUUAAUGCGAACGGCGUGUUGCGAUUUUAUAGAAAAGUGUGCCAUGGCAUCACUCGAAUUCACCAAUGGGAGUACGACUGACGAUUGGCUCAACUUGAUCAACGAAUGUAUCGCAUACAAUGUUACCAACAUUCAAACAAAUGCAAUUAAAGCGUUACCAACUGUUUUGACCCGUUAUUACUCUAAUAAAAAUUUAGAGGGUUUGGUUAACGGUUACAUCGAGGAAUUGCAAAAAACGAGUCAACAGGAGGUGAGAAUGGGACACGCGUUGGCCCUGGGGGCCCUCCCAAAAUUCGUCUUGGGGGCCAACUUGGGGAUUAUUAUCGACGCUUUAAUUGGGACGAGUCAAGUGAAUCAUUUGACGGCCAAAUGGGCCGAAAGUCGCCGAGAUUCCAUCAAGGCCUUAACGUUGUUAAUUGAGACAAUGUCGGACGAUUUGGGGACAGUAUUGUCAAAAUGUGACGUCUUGCGAAUUUUUGACGUUUUUUUAUCCGGUCUCAAAGACUACACACAAGACAAGAGGGGCGAUGUGGGUGCUUGGGUGCGCGAGGCCGCCAUGUUGGGUCUCCAAACUUUGACAUUUAAGGUUAUAGUCAAACAAGUGUCAAUCGACGUUGCUUUGACUACGCAAAUCGUAGCCGGAGUGGCUCAGCAGGCUGUGGAACGCAUCGACAGGACCCGAGCAUUGGCCGGUCGAAUUUUUUACAGUUUCCUGUACAGUGACCCAACUAUCCCGAAUAUACCUUACCAUACAGAAUUAUUGCAAAUAUUUGAUAAAGAAGACUGUGAAACUUUGAAUUGGAAUUCAGCGAGUGAUACUUUCCCGAAAUUUGUGGAAUUGUUGCAAUUUCCCGAAUUCACAUACAAUGUGAUGUUGGGGUUGAUUUGCAGUGUGGGGGGUUUGACUGAAACUCUAGUUAAAAAUUCGAGUUCGUCGCUUUUUACUUACAUUUCAAGAGAGAAAAAAUGUAAAGGAGUUGGGGAAAUUGACAGAUUGGCCGAAGUUGUUUAUAGUAUUUUUCAAGAUAACAGGAAAAAUGACCGAAUUGUGGUUCCUAUGUUUCGUUUUUUGGAUAAACUUUUCAGCUCGGGGUGCGUUCAACAUUUGACAGACGAUCCGACUUCCGAUUUUUGUAAAAAAAUCCUCAAGUUAGCCAUGGCCGAAUUGGUGGGUUGCAAAGACGCUUAUAAAAUUAUCGAUGGGAUUAAUCUUUUAGCACAGUUUGUUCAGGUGAAAAGUGAGGCUUGUCAGUCGGCUUUAGUCCAGUUGAGUAUUUUCUUGUGUCAUCGACAGACAUAUGUCAGAAAGUCGACAGCAUCCAUUUUGUAUGAGUCACUACUUUUAUAUGGAGAUUCAGCUGUUUUUAAUACCGAAAAUUUGGACGAGGCCAUGCAGAUUUUAAGUAACACGAACUGGGAUGAUCCAGUCGAUGUGAUUAAGCCAAUGAGGAAUGAGAUUUGUAAAUUGAUGGGUAUUCGAGUGCCUGUUACUAAGACUUCCACUAAUUGAGCUUUAAUUUUAUAUUAUAUUUAUUAAUUUUGUACUAUUGUCUUACUAAAUAAAUAAUAUGGAAAGUA